UUUUUUAUAAACUUGCUAAGUGCGCCGCUACAGUCUGCGACUUGCGAGUUUGCCCAGUCAAGACAACCGCAUAUCACCGUGAUCAUGAUAAAAGAAAUAAAUUAAAAUAAAUUUGUCAUGACCGUGAUAUAUAACGAAGCCCGAACACCAGACCGAAUGUGCUCGCGGACGUCGGCGUGUCAUACUUGAUACUUUUGUGCCUCUCGCCAAAAGCCAUUUAUUAAUUAUUAUAUACGCGAGUCACGUGACUAAUUAACUUUUUCGUCAUGGCAGCACUGCUAGCUGCAGCACUAUGGCGGUCGUCGGUCGAAAGCCUCCAACGCCGCCUGGCGCCGGUUGUGUGUAGUGUGCAGCGUUUUGUUUUGUAGUUGCUUUUUUGCUUACCUUUUCGUGCGGAAUAAUUAUUUUUUUUCUGUUUGACUUAUUAUUAAAUAGUUAUUGUGAGACAUUCAAACAUUCAUUUUUAUAUUAAAAAUAUCAUCUCUUAAAAUUUGUGAAUGUGAAAUCAAUUUAUUAAUUAUAAUAUUAAAAGUUUUAUUUUUCUUGGUUUCAUUCAUGUAAUUUGUACAGUGCUCGGCGAGAUUGCAGUAAUCAUAUAUAUAUAUAUACACGGCAUACCAUUAAAAAGGACGACACGGGAGACCCAACCACUUAACUUGCACCCCAAAACACAAUUAUCGGAAUGCAGAACAUGUCGUUUACAUUCCGAGACCUAGUGUCCGAGUAAUUGAGGUUGACAAAUGACAACGUCCAUUGAACGAGUUCUUUCAUCUAAGUUCAACUGUUUAUAAUACAGAUACCUAACUGUCAAUUAACAAAGCUAACUUAAUAAUUCGACUUGGUUGCACUUUUAUAUUAAUUAUUUUUACUUUAUUUUUGAUAAUAUGUAACCGCACGUUUUUAAAAUGCUAAGGUGCGUAGUAUGCAGAAAUUGUUAUUCGAAUACCAAGUACACUCGUCCUGAUGUUAUUUAUCAUGCAUUUCCUAAGAACGAGGAGAGAAGAAAAGAAUGGCUUAAAAUGUAUGGCAUAGGUCGUUGUUACGAAUGGCAUCGUAUAUGUAGUGAUCAUUUUUUAGAAGAAAACUAUAAACCAGGACCAAGGCGUAUUUUAAAUAAAAAUACUAUUCCCCAACCCUAUAACAAGAAUAAUGAAGAAAAUGGUUUUCCUUCUAAUUAUACUAAUAUUACUCAACAUAAUGAUGUUGAAAUGGACAUCAAUGAAUGUUUACCAACAGAACAAAAUCAUUUAAGUUAUACCACUCAAAGUAAUGAUGUUGAAAUGGAGAAUAAUGAAUUUUUACCAACAGAACAAAAUCAUUUAAGUUAUUCCACUCAAAGUAUUGAUGUUGAAACGAGUACUAAUGAAUUUUUACCGAGGGAACAAAAUCAUUUAAGUUAUAUCACUCAAAGUAAUAAUGUUGAAAUGAGUACUAAUGAAUUUUUACCAAGGGAACAAAGUUAUUUAAGUUAUACAGCUCAAAGUAAUGAUGUUGAAACGAGUACUAAUGAAUUUUUACCGAGAGAACAAAAUAGUUUAAGGUGA